AUGAUGCGUGUCGGCGCACUCGCUUGCCUUGUCGGCGGCGCAGUGGCCACAGACAUCGCCGUCUGCCCCGGUGAAGGCUCCCGUUAUGGGGAUUUCAAGUGCAACCACGACCCGACGCACCGGGUCUGUGCUACUCUCCUGGAUGGCCAAGGGCAGCCCCUUGACUGGGGCAGCAAGGGCAACUUCUGGCAAAUCACCGGGCAGGAGGCCUUUCAGUGGGACGACGAAAUCCGGGCAAACCAUGGUGACAGCUGGUGUAUUUGCAUGUGGGCCACAGCCCGGCUCAUUGAGACUGUGGGCUGUGACAACGUGCACUUGAACUGUGCUGCCACGGAUGUCUCCUACGUGGAGAAGCAGUACAUGGAUGGUGGUGUGGAUUUGGAGCCCGCCAAGAAGUGCCUGCAGCAGAAGUGCCCGGCGCAGAGCCUACCGCUCCAGCGUCUGAGUGAUGCCACGCUUCCGAGCCUCCGGGCAUCUUCCAGCGUGACCCUGCGCCCAAGUGUGCUGCUGGCUCUCGCCUGUGCGGCCCUCGCUGUGUCAGCGGCGGUCGUCGGGUUGCUGCGCAGCCGCCCAGCCUCUGCUGUGCUGGAGGACGUGGAGUGA